UUUUGACAUCUGAUAACGCCCUCAAAGCCCCUACCUCGCCUACUAACCCAACCUGGAAAUGUGGGAGCUAAAAUGGUACAGUACAUAGAAGAGUCAACACUUUACAGCGAAGUUACGUAACCGCUGUUAUCCGCUGUAAUUAGGCCACUGCGUGGGAGCUAGGGGUAUCUGUGCCUGAGCUUCUGCCUGAGCCGGCGGCGCAUUGCAGUGUGGAGUAGUUUCAGCGCAACUUGCGACGACGACGGCCUCAUCCUCGACGACACGCUUUGGUCGUCUGCCUGGCCUAGGACUAUCAGCACAACAAAGUAUACAAUUGAUUGAUUGCCGUCUCCAUUUACAACACGCGCGCUUUCAGCUGCGGACGUGCAUCACUGAUAGUCGGCUUCAAGAGCCCCUAGCCGAGGCCCUCUGUAUGGAACAGCCAUAGAUGCCCAGCUGCAAUCAUGGCCGACUUCGAUCGUAAUGUCCUCGACUUUUAUGGCAUAUCCACCUUAAUGCCUACAACAUGGCCAGCCGAGAAGAAUGACAAGAUAGAUGACUCGGAUAGUGACCGCGAGCAGCAGAAGAAGAAGCUGAACCGCCGAAAGUCCCGCUACGAUGCCCUCGAACGCGCCGUCAGCAGUAGGGCUAGUAUCGUUGCAGGCUCCGAGAAGUCGUCGAGCGGCGUCAGUAACCUGGUGCAGAGAGACGAGCCCGAUCCACUUGGGUCUUCGGAUAGCGUUGUGAGGACUCUCAAUGACCUCGGAGUACCCAUCCAAGAUGACACUCGGUUGCGCAAUCGCUUCCUGCUGUCUUCGACGAGUUUCUCUCCUGCUCUGUUCCUUUCUCAGAUGCACGCCAACGCCGAUACGCAGUCUUUACUAAGCGGCCUUGAUGUUCUCUCCCGAUCGAUCGACCAGAAGUCCGCCUCAUUGAAGGUUUUGGUUGAGUCCAACUUUGAGCGCUUCGUUCGUGCCAAGGCGACCAUCGACAAUGUUUACAAGGAGAUGAAAUAUCGUGGCGCCGAGCCACCUACAACACCUACUGGUCGAGUACGUGCGCAUUCUCGUCAUGCUAGUAGAAGUAGUUUCAGGGGUAGCAGUAGUGGCGGCGGUGGUGCUGGCGGACCUGCCGUGCCAACGCUUGGAAAUAGUCCGCUCUUGUCGCCUGGCCUGGGAGAAAAUCGGAAAAAGAACGCACUUGUAAAGGAAAGCGAUUAUGGUGUGUUGGGUAUCAAAGGCCCUCUUCUUGAUGUCUCCGCAAAGGCAGAAGAUGUUUGGGGUCCUGCUUUAGGCGGUCGCGAGAAGGAGGAAAAUCUGAAAACCAUAUCUACCAGUCUAGACCGCUAUAAAGAGGACAUUGAAACGAGCGCCAACAUCGCGGAUAGCAUACGAAGAAAAGAUUACGACGCACUAGUAGAAGAAUAUGGCCGGGCUAGGAGAUUUGCCGACGAAACCAGGAAACUAGUCCAGAACCUGGGUGAAACACCACCGAGCGAGACUCAGACAUACCAAAUCUUGAUCGCUGCUCGAAUGUGGCACGAUGUCGAGGAACAGAUCCAGCUCUUCAAGCGGGAGGUCUGGCGCAAAUUGACAUUACUUCACAGCGUCUCCAAGACAGAUACCAGGGGACCGGCUCAAGAUCAACACAUGGAACUCAUCAGCCUGCUACUGGAACUAGGUGUAGAAGAUAACCCGAUAUGGGUCUGGCUCUUGAGUAGAUACGAUUAUCUAAAAGGCAAAAUAUCACUGGUAGGAGAUCGGGCUAAAGUUGAGAUCGAAGUAUUGAGACGUCGCCUCGCCCAUGCUGACAAGCCUUCGUCACAAAUCCUCGCCUCGCAUUUACGCAGUCUAGGCCGACAUUCGGCGGGAAGUAAACCUAACGGGCUGGACACAUCAGAUGUCAUCGAGUUAUGGGAGAAAAUGGUAUCAUUUUUGUCCAGUCUCUUGUCUUCUCAGGGUGUGUUGGGAGAGGUUUUGGAAUUUUGGCACACCGUCGAAAAUUUCAUCGACGGAAAAGCGCAGAAGUCGCUACCUACGGGUUAUAAUGGUGAGUCGCGUGAACACCACCGGCUCUCAGCACAGGGCACGCUCGACCUUCGGAAAGCCACCAUCGAGCUUGUUGAUAUGAUCCGUGCUCAUGUGUUUGAAUUCUUUGCUGGUGCUCCCCCUGAGGAUAUCUCGCUCCUGUUUUCUCCUUUGCCUCCUUCACCAGGAUCUCCCAUGUCGGCGCAAUUAUCGCCUACAAAUGCUCGAGACCCUCGAUUCCGUCUUGAUCCUAACAACAUCCCACCACCCUCUCCCAAGCGAGGUGACUCUUGGGAAAAGUUUGCAUUUUGGCCACCAACGUCCAACUCCAUAAGUGGCGUUCAUUACUUGUCGAAAAUGCUUGGCUUGGUUGGCACCGGUGCGGCGGAGAUGGCCAGUGUAGCUCCUGUCAGCCAAGAUGACGCAAAACAGAUGGAAUUGCUCAGGACGUUAAUCGGCGCUGCGCGGGAUAGAUGUGUUUCUGCCCUUUGCGCUGCAUGGAACAAAGAUGCCGAGAAUAUCAAGCUGGUAGAGGAUUGGCAACGUUCCAAAGAUAUGGGAGAUGUGACCUGCAUGCCCGCAACCUUUUCCGCGUUCGAAGGAGCCCUACUUGGUGGCAUACAGAAGAUAUUAUAUGUAUCUGAGGCAAUUGCCAAACCUGGACCUGGGGAUAUUAUCCUACCUCCGCCGGCAAAGCUGUUGCAGAUGGUCCGAAGCCAGUACGUGACAACAUUAUAUAAAGCACUUAGUGGGAUGGUCGAGAAUGCCGAAAGGACAGUCAAGAAAGCCCAGGACGAAUGGAGUACAGAAACGGAGGCCCCAGUGGGUUCCAACUAUGACAGCGCAUCUGUGAUUUCUGGAAAGGGAACAAUUGAUGCUGGUGAUAGAAACGUUCGCAUGCUAUUGACACUCAGUAAUCUACAAGCACUCCGUUCUCAAGUAGUUCCUAGCUUGAACUCCCAGUUCGAGGCGGCCUUCUCUGUCAAGCUUACGGAAGAGUCAAAGACAAUCAAGGAUGUCCUCGGCCAGAUUGACGCCCGGCUAUUCCAGACUUAUACCCGACCAGCGGUAGAUUCUCUACGCAAACUCAUCCACACAGGAAUAAACGAUCCCAACUGGGCGCCGGCCGGAAAACCCACCGAAGUAAAGCCAUAUGUGUAUCAAUCCCUCCUCUCCCUCGUACUCGUACACACGCAAGUCUCCACAACAGCCCCUUCCCUAACAAGCCAGGUGCUUUCCUUCCUCCUCGAGCAAAUUAGUCGUGAGCUCCUAGAGGCCUUCAAAGCGCGGCAAGCAUUUGGCCUCAGCGCCCUGAUCCAAGCGACGCUGGACGUCGAAUUCGUCGCCCAGACGCUCAGCCAGUAUACCACGGAAAAGGCCUCGGCCCUGCAGAGCGAGAUCUACGCCAUGCUCGACGCCAAGACGGACAGUCAGGCCCGCAGCCAGCUCCAGGAGGAAUUACCCGGCAUGCGCGAGCUGCUGAAGAGAUUGAGAGAUCAGUCGAGGACGGAAUUCGCGUGCUUCAAGAAGCCGAGGAGAACCCAGACUUUGGAGCGGAAAGCGACGGGGUAGGGCUAGAUAGAUAUUCAUAUUCCAUGUCUCGAAUGAGUUUCUGGGGGCGUAACCCCCGUCGAUCAAGAAACUCGCUCUAUAAUGUCUACGAAGCGGUGAGAUGGCUAGAUGCUUGGAUUUUUAUACCCAAGUUAGCUUCUUCUUGUUCCAUGUCUAUUACCGUGUAGUACAUGUCUAUAUAAUAUCGUAGCAGAACCCCGUCUGUAGUCGUCUUAUAUGAUAUCAAUGAACAGCUACCCGACCCAACUACCUACUUACCUAGGUAUCUAUCUAAGUGUA